CUAAAAAACACCCAUCUCACUUGCAUUGCACUUCGAUACCCCCGUCCAUUAGUUACCUCUGCUUUUGAUCUAACCUUAAAAGGAUUCCAAUAAGCUUUUUCUCGUCUAUUCAACUUCCCUUGAUCACCACAACUCAUCUGAGAAUUAAGGGAGAAAUGAUGAUCAAGGAAGAUGAAACAACUCUUACAACAGCCCAAGAACAACCAGGUGAAGUGAUGAAUGAAGACAAGAACAAUUAUGGAAGCGAGGAUGACAAUCCCCAAGAGUGGUUGAACCUGAGCUUAGGAGGAACUUCACUCUCAACAGCAGGAGACCCUGAUUCACAAUCAAGACCAGCCACUGCUAAAGUUUUUUCAUGCAACUUCUGCAUGAGGAAAUUCUUCAGUUCGCAGGCAUUAGGGGGUCAUCAGAACGCCCACAAAAGGGAAAGAGGUGCUGCCAGAAGAUACCAAUCUCAGAGGUCCAUGGCAAUAAUGGGCUUCUCCAUGAACACACCUAUGCUUCGAUCGCUAAGUGUACAGCCCCAUUCACUUGUGCACAAGCCAUGCAGAGGUGGUGGUACUAUGGUGGCACCCAGCUUUCAUGAUGCACAUGCAAGGCUUGGAAUGGCAUGGACACCUUUCUUGUCUGAGGAUCAAACGGAUCUGGUGUGGCCAGGAAGCUUUCGCUUGGUUCCACAACAGCCCCAGCCACCACAGGAGUCACUCAAGCUUGAUUUAGACCUCAGACUCUAAUAGAGUUUUUGUCUUGAGCUUGAAACUUCAUCCUUCUUUUCAGCCAGAAUAGCUUGCUCAUUAAUAUAAGCAGGAGAAAAACACGGGUAGGAGACCCUUGACCUGGAAGAGUCAAUAACUCAGGUGAUAGUACUGCAUGGUGAAUGGUAGGAGAUCUGUAGUUUCCACUGUUUAUAUAACUAAGUGUUUAGCACAAGAAAACCCAAUUUAUAACACCCUGGCUAUCUAUUUUAGUUCCUUAAUGCUUGAAAUAAUUGUCCAUGUGUAAUGCUCACUUGAUAUGUUGCUGACAUAGGGAGAUUUUGCUUCUCGACCUUAUUCUGAUUUUCUUCCGGCAUGUACUUUCAAACAACAUCUUACUCGAUUGACAGAAGAUUGAAAAAGUUAUGAGCAAGGACUAAACGCACACACUUUUUGGAUACACUAGUUCGUUCAAGAUGGGAUGCUUCCAACAUAUGUAUAUCUUCCGAUUCUAAAAUCACCGUACU